AGAAGCCAUGAAGAAGCCUUCUCUGUAUACGUCUUACGCCAUAGCAUUUGUCCUCCUUGCGGCAGCCAUGACAGCUCUCGUCUUCUUCGUUAUCUACCCCAAUGAGUUCCGGCUGCAGUCCAUGGUCACUUCCCGGUGCGGGUCACGGCCUUCCUCCUCAUCCCUCUCCAGCUUCGUUGAGCCGGUGACGCCGGAGCCCGACUUACGCCUCCUCAUCGGCAUCCUCUCCCUCCCGGACAGCUACGAGCGCCGCCACCUCGUCCGCGACGUCUACGCCCUCCAGCCCGACGUCGCCAACGCCCGCAUCGACGUCCGCUUUGUCUUCUGCAACCUCACCAAGGAGGAGCAACGGGUGCUGGUGGCCAUGGAGAUCAUGCUCUACGACGACAUCAUCAUCCUCGACUGCGCCGAGAACAUGGAUAACGGUAAGACCUACACCUACUUCUCCAGCCUCCCCAAGAUAUUGGACGGCGGCGGCCGGCCGUACGACUACGUGAUGAAGGCGGACGACGACACCUACUUCCGGCUGCAACUGCUGGCGGAGUCGCUGCGGAAGCUACCGCGGGAGGACAUGUACUACGGGCUGAUCACUCCCUGUCUUAACUGGCGGACCAGAGACCACUACAUGUCGGGAAUGGGCUACAUACUGUCGUGGGACCUGGUGGAGUGGAUUGCGACGGCGGAGACGCCGAGGAAUCAUCAGGUCGGGCCGGAGGACAAGGUGAUGGGGACGUGGCUGAGGGAGGCACGCCGUGGGAAGAACGAGAUCAACAUGGAGCCGGUGAUGUACGACUACCUGGAGGGGGAGCCGCGCACGUGCUACCGGCACGAGCUGGUGCCGGACACCGUCGGCGUGCACAUGCUCAAGAACAACUGGAGGUGGGCGACGGCCCUCAAGUACUUCAACGCCACUGUGGGCCUCAAGCCUUCCAACCUCUAUCACACGUCUUGAAGCUUCUCAUUUGAUGCUUCCUUCCUCUGAUCUCUCUCUCACGAAUGCAUGCGAGUAGCACAGUGACGCAGAUCCAUAGGAGAGGUUGGCAACAACUGCAAGAGAAUGUAAUGCAAGAACUUCUGUGUUUAAGAUUG